CGGCACAGCGGGGAGUAGCCUGUCAUUGACCGGCGGAGCUGCUUGCUUGCAGGGGUCUUUUCGGCAUUGACAUGAAGAGAGUGAACAGCUUUCAGAGGUUCAUGAACAGACGGGCCUCUGCUAACUGCCGCUACCAGCCCACCUGCUAUGAGCAUGCUGCAAACUGCUACACCCAUGCACUCCUCAUCGUGCCGGCCUUCGUGGGCAUGGCGUUUCUGCACCGUCUGUCGGACAACGGCUGGGAGAAGGUCACUGCCUGGGUGUACGGCAUGGGCCUGUGCGCCCUCUUCCUGGUCUCCACUGUGUUUCACAUCAUCACCUGGAAGAAGAGCCACAUGAGGUCAAUGGAACAGUGUUUCCACAUGUGUGACAGAGUGGUCAUCUAUCUGUUCAUCGCUGCCUCCUACACACCCUGGUUGAACCUGCGUGAAUUGGGCCCUCUUGCAGCACACAUGCGAUGGUUUGUGUGGCUCAUGGCUGCUGCUGGAACCAUAUACGUCUUCAACUACCAUGAAAAGUGAGUUU